AUGGAUAAGGACAACAGAGAUGACUUCACCUUUGCGAAGCUUUCUGAUCUGAAGCUUCCGGUUACAUUUCGUAUCUCAUCGCUCGAAGGUACGAGACGUCCACGGCCUAUCUCAGAACUUCUCGAGAAGCCCGAACUACGAUUCCACGGCGUCCAGUCAUCGUCACUCUCGGAUCUCUAUGUCACCUGUCAGCUCGUAGCGGAUAACAAGCCGCUGACUAUUCCAUUUCGAACGUCUUUCAAAGCUUUCAAAACAAGCUUUAUAUGGAACGAAUGGAUCACGCUUCCUGUGAGGUACUGCGACUUACCACUUAGUUCACAAGUUACCUUCACGGUUUGGGAUAUUGGGGGUCCAAGAGCUGCUGUACCUGUUGGCGGCUCUACUUUUCGUUUGUUCGGGAAGAAGUGGACUCUUCGGAGAGGAAAACAUCGCUUACUCCUCUGGACAGAUCAAGAAGCGGAUGGCUCGAUGGAUUCUUCGACACCCAGUAAGCUAGGGAUAAGGGACGAGAUGGGGCGUUUGGAGAAGCUUGUGAAGAAAUACGAGCGAGGGGACCUUCCAAAAUCAGACUGGCUGGACAAGCUGGCGUUUCGUAAAAUGGAAGAAAUACAUGCAGCAGAGACGGAGAAAUCAGAAAACCUCUUUCUUUAUAUUGAUUUACCCCGUUUCGACUUUCCAGUAAUAUUCAGCGAACCUCCAUCAAACCUAGCACUGGCCAGCGCUCAAAUCCCUCCGACACCUUCUAUAUCGUCUUCCUUCGCAGUGGACACUCACCUUUGGGCUGUCAUCGAUCCCGAAAUUGCCCGAGAAAAUCCAGUCGAGGAUAAACACCGUCGAUUGGUCCGAAGUCACCGUAGCAGUCCCUAUGACAGGGAACUGAAGCCAAACGCGAAAAUCAGAGAUGAACUAGGAGAAAUCUUGAAUUAUGCUCCCAGUCAACCACUUAAUUCGGAGGAGAAAGACCUUAUCUGGAAAUUUCGUUUUUAUCUUGCCAGGGACAAACGAGGCCUCACCAAGUUUCUCAAGUCUGUAACAUGGCGAGAUCCUUCUGAAGUAAAACAAGCUGUGGAAGAGCUGUUGCCAAUGUGGACGGAAAUUGAUACAGAUGAUGCGCUGGAACUUUUAGGGCCAGGGACCGUCGAUUCCCGUGUGAGAGCAUUUGCGGUCAAGCAGCUCAGUAGAGCAGAUGAUGAUGAACUAUUGCUAUAUCUGCUCCAGCUGGUUCAAGCCCUUAAAUUCGAGAGUGCCGCGAGUGACCAAAGAUCAACACGUUCUACGACUAGUGCCAUAUCAUACGAUGAUAGUGGUCUUACGGAUUUUCUCAUCGCUCGUGGUGUUCAGAAUCAUGUCAUGGGCAAUCGACUUUACUGGUACCUCAUGGUUGAAGUAGCUCUCGAAGACAGGGUUAUGGCAAAGAUGUAUGGUAGAGUAGUUUUCAAGUUUAUGAACAAAAUACUGGAGUCUGAUAACGGAAGUGACCGUCGGGAGCUCAUGCGUAGGCAAGGGCUUCUUAUCGAAACGCUGGCGAAACGCGCCAAGGAACUACGCAUGUCCAAAGAUCCUCGGCCAAAGAAGAUAGAAAAACUACGAUCUUUUAUUGUAGACUCCAAGAAUAAUCUAUCCACCAUGGCUCCUCUACCCCUUCCACUAAAUGCUCGCAUCGAAGUGACAGGCAUCAUACCGGAAAAAUCAUCUGUCUUCAAAUCAAAUCUUUUCCCUAUGCUACUCUACUUUCAAUGUUCAGAUGGUUCAGAGUUUCCUGUUAUCUUUAAAGAUGGAGAUGACAUGCGGCAAGACCAGCUGGUGAUUCAGCUAUUCACUCUGAUGGAUCGUCUAUUGCGGAAGGAGAACCUAGAUCUCAAAUUGAGUCCUUACGACGUACUGGCCACUGGACCUUUGCAAGGCAUGGCGCAGUUCCUUCCCAGCAAGACGAUUGCCGCGAUUGUUAGCGAGAAUGGCACGCUUCUAAACUAUCUCAGAGCCAACAACCCAGAUGAAGGAAGUAUGGGAACUUACGGAGUAGAACCGAGUGUCGUUGAUACUUUCGUAAGGAGUUGUGCUGGUUAUUGUGUGGUGACAUAUCUUUUGGGUGUUGGCGAUCGUCAUUUAGAUAAUCUGCUACUGACACCUGAUGUUGAUUUUGGUUAUAUUCUGGGACGUGAUCCGAAGCCAUUCCCCCCACCUGUCAAAGUCUGUAAAGAAAUGGUCGACGGGAUGGGUGGUGCGCAAUCAAGUCACUACGCCCGCUUCAAGAACUUCUGCUUUACAGCUUUCACCAUCCUUCGCAAGAGCGCUAACCUUAUUCUGAACUUGGUUGCAUUGAUGGUGGACGCCAACAUACCGGAUAUUAAGCAUCGUGAUGUUCAUGAGCAAAUCCAAGAGAAGUUCCGUCUUGACCUUACUGAAGAAGAAGCGAUAAAGCAUUUUGAAGCCCUGCUGAACGAAACGUCUUACUUUACUGCUGUGCUCGAUCGGAUACAUGAUUUAGCACAGUACUGGAGAAGUUGA